AGCAACAGAAAGCAGCAUGAACUCUCCACAUCACCAGGUCCCUGCUCUCCUGUGCCUUCUCCUUGUAUCUUCUCAGGUCACUGGUGGACUGGCUACCAGAAGACAACAGAAGCCUGGCACAGGUGAUGUGAAUGGUAUGAAUGUCCUCCUCAUAAUUGUCGAUGACCUUCGGACAAGCCUUGGCUGUUAUGGUGACAAUAUUAUAAAGUCUCCGAACAUUGAUCAGCUGGCAUCUAAAAGUGUUGUGUUUACAAAUGCAUAUGCCCAGCAAGCAGUGUGUGCCCCCAGCAGAGUGUCCUUCUUAACAGGACGAAGACCUGAUACCACCAGACUGUUUGACUUUAACUCGUACUGGAGGGAGCAUGCCGGGAACUACUCCACCCUACCACAGUAUUUUAAAGAACAUGGUUAUGUGACUAUGUCUGUCGGGAAGGUUUUCCACCCAGGCAUUUCAUCUAAUCGGAGUGAUGACUAUCCAUACAGUUGGUCUGUUAGGCCUUACCACCCAUCUUCAGAGAAGUAUGAGAAUGAAAAGACCUGCAAAGGUAAAGAUGGACAGCUUCAUGCCAACUUGGUUUGUCCAGUGGAUGUUUCGGAAGUUCCAGAGGGAACAUUACCAGAUAUACAAAGCACAGAAGAAGCCAUAAGGCUCUUAAAAACUGUCAAUCAGCAGAAUUCUUCUUUUUUCCUGGCAGUUGGGUAUCAUAAGCCUCAUAUUCCAUUCAGAUUUCCAAAGGAGUUCCUUAAGCUUUACCCCAUUGAAAACAUUUCCUUGGCACCUGACCCUGACAUCCCUAAGAAUCUUCCUUCUGUUGCUUAUAACCCUUGGACAGACAUUCGUAAGCGACAGGACGUUCAGGCAUUGAACAUCAGCUUUCCAUAUGGCCCCGUUCCUCUACACUUCCAGCGUUUAAUUCGUCAGAGUUAUUAUGCCUCCGUUUCUUACUUGGACAGUCAAGUUGGCCAGUUGUUAAGUGCAGUGGAGAAUCUAGGACUGGCAGAUGACACCGUUAUAGCUUUUGCCUCUGAUCAUGGGUGGUCUUUAGGAGAGCAUGGUGAAUGGGCCAAGUACAGCAAUUUCGAUGUGGCUACUCGUGUGCCAUUGAUGUUUUAUGUACCAGGGAUGACGACCACAAAACGGACUCAGCAAAGCAUCUUUACCUAUCUAGAUCCCUUUAAUAUUGAACCCAUGAGGAAACCUCCAGGUAAAAUCGAGGAAGAGCCUGUUGAAUUAGUUUCUUUGUAUUCAACCAUUGCUGAACUUGCUCAACUUCCUUUCCUACCAGACUGUCCCGUCCCUUCAUUUCAUGUUGAGUUAUGCACUGAGGGACGAAGUCUUCUUCCAUACUUCGAUACGGCUAGGAAGGAAAAUACAGAAAGUGUAGCUUACAGCUCUUAUCCUAGACCUUCUGAUACUCCCCAGUGGAACUCAGACUUACCCGAUCUGAAGGACAUCAGAAUUAUGGGAUAUUCCAUGAGAACAAGUACCUACAGAUUUACCCUAUGGGUUGGAUACAACCCUGUGACUUUUGAAGCUAACAUUACGGACAUUCAUGCACAAGAAUUAUAUCUUGUCAAAACGGAUCCCAAUCAAGACAACAACUUGUUCAACAAGUCCUUACAUUUUGAUUUAGCUCAGAGGGUUUUUGGACACACAUUGAAGUGAUUGAAAAAAAUCCAUAUUUUGUAUAAAUAAUUCUAGAAAGUUAUAACAUGUAAAUACUUUUUAUAUAUCAUUCUCCUAAUUUAUAGGUUAUAUUUUUCUAUACUAUUUAAAAAUAAAAAUACACAGAA